UAAACUGCCCUCAUUUACAAGAAGAAGAAGAAGAGCUCCUCGCCCUCCAAACAGAUUUACAGUAGGAACAAGGUUAUGGCUAUAAGGGAUACGGAAAGAGCUCAAAGACAUGAAGUUGGCUGAACUAAUAGUGAAAGAGUUUGGCCAUCCGACACGAUCAGUGGCAGGGUGGCUGAUCAGUAAGUUGCUCACAGUGUGCAACCGCGUUCUUGAGGAGAAUACGGUCCAGCUGUGUGGGAUCCGACCUGAGGACACAGUCCUGGAGCUGGGUCACGGCCCGGGUCAUGGUCUGCAGUCAGCAGCCAAACUGCUCACAGAGCCAACAGGCCACCUUAUAGGUGUGGAUUACUCUGCAUACAUGCAUCAGAUGGCAAGUGAUCGAAUGAAGGAUUUUGUGGCCACUGGGAAAGUGACCCUAUACCACUGUGAUGUAGAAGCAAUGCCUCUGGCGGACAGCAUUGUGGACAAAGUCUUUCAUUGUAACUGCUACUACUUCUGGUCUGACCUUGAGAAGGGAGCCACAGAGAUACACCGGGUAAUGAAACCAGGAGGCUUGAUGGUGACCACGCUGAGGCUGUCAAACUGGCCCCAAGAGCCCUACAUGACAGCUCUGAGAGACUCUGGCUUUACUGAUGUCAGAAUGGAAGACAAACAGCACAAAAACAUUACUUUUCAAGCUAUAUAUGCCACUGCCUCAAAAUGAGAUUGAAAUCAAACCGCAAUUAAGAGAUUGUGGGUAUUAUAGCCCACUUUUGCUAUUAUCUGGUUUUACGUGGGAUUUUAAAUUGCCCUUAAUGGUACUUUUAAAAGUUGGUUCUCCUCUCUAUGGCAGAUUUGAAAAACCGGAAGAGGACAAAUAUAUUUUUAAAAACAGUACAGAUUAUUUGUUUUUGUUUAAUAACUGAAUUGCUGGAGAGGAAUGAACACGAGCCCCUCCAGUCAGUUAUCGAAACGUCUGUUCUUAGGCAAGCUCGGAGGAUAGUGACUGACCCAUCACAUAUCCUCCACACAGAAUAUGAGCUCUUACCCUGUGGCAGACAAUACAAAGUCUCUUGCUGUAAACCCACGACCAUUUUAAAAACGAAUGUGUUCCUACCACUGUUAAACAUUUAGACAACGCUGCUUGAGGCCGUAGACAUUUUGCAAUAGUUUCAUGGUGUUUUACUGGGGGGUGAAGAAAAUACUGUAUGUGUUUUUACCUUCAGGAUGUGUGCAAUACUGUAUGUGCAAUUUAUUGCUGUGACUUCUACAAUUGGUGCUGGAUUGUUAUAUAUUUAUUUGUUUUUAACCUAUUCAUGUCUACAGCUAGGGAUCCAAAACAAAUUUCCCUAAAAGUAUGUAGUAUAGUAUCAAGGGAGUUUAAAUGCUUAGGUGUUUCCCACCUGGAUGUCGUCAGACAAUUCACCUUUGGCUGAACAGACCCUUUGUCUUGAAAACAAAGGCAUGCAAAACACUAUAUGAAAGAAACCACCCUGUUCUGAGGGGGGGACCAAGCCAAGUAUAAAUAGAGAGAGAGCACUUGCCCACCUGGGUGCAUAUUACAAACCAACGUUUGCAUUGUGUGCCAUGCUCUGAGCAUUAAAAGUGUGACAAUACUG